GUGGGACGAGUUAAGCGACUCUACCGCUCUCCGGUUUCUCUGCCCGAGAAAGGUUACAGCCGUUUAUCAUGGCUAGCUUCAGAAUACUGAGGAAACUGAGCGCGCAUGCGCAACAACAUGCGUGCAGCCUUCAUCUGUCAGUAACCCGACCAGAGGCUGUGGUCAUCUCGGGCAGGAAGUUGGCCCGUCAGAUCCGCGAAGAGGCCCGUGCCGACGUAGAAGAGUGGGUUGCUGCUGGAAACCGACGACCUCAUCUUAGCGUGGUUCUGCUGGGCGACGAUCCGGCCAGUCAUUCGUAUGUACUGAACAAGACCCGAGCCGCUGCUGAUGUUGGUAUCACUAGUGAAACCAUACUGAAGUCCUCUUCUACCUCCGAAGAAGACCUGCUGGAGCUGAUUGACAAGCUUAACUCUGACCCGAGAGUGGACGGCCUCCUGGUACAAUUGCCUCUGCCUGAGCACAUUGACGAGCGGCGUAUAUGUAAUGCGGUCUGCCCAGGUAAAGACGUCGAUGGCUUCCAUGUGGUCAACGUGGGGCGUAUGUGCUUGGACCAGAUGUCUAUGCUUCCCGCUACACCGUGGGGAGUGUGGGAAAUAAUUAAACGCACAGGCAUUCCCACUCUGGGUAAAAAUGUUGUGGUAGCCGGUCGCUCGAAGAAUGUGGGGAUGCCCAUCGCCAUGCUACUACACACGGAUGGGAGGCAUGAAAGGCCGGGAGGUGAUGCAACAGUAACCAUCUCUCACCGUUACACACCUAAGGAGCAACUUCAGCAGCACACAAAAAUCGCCGACAUUAUUGUUGCAGCAGCUGGUAUCCCCAACCUUAUCACGGCAGAUAUGAUAAAAGAAGGAGCAGCUGUUAUUGACGUUGGAAUUAACAGAAUACACGACCCCUUGACUGGAAAGGAAAGACUUGUUGGUGACGUGGACUUUGAAGGGGUACGAAAGAAAGCCGGUUAUAUCACUCCAGUCCCCGGAGGUGUUGGACCCAUGACUGUAGCCAUGCUCAUGAAAAACACAAUCAAGGCAGCAAAAAACCUUCUCUUGAACCCUGUGGAGCGGGUACGCUUGGCAGUAUCCUCCUAAUACUCUCCUCGCCCGGGUCCUCGCAGUUCACAUUCCACACUCCAUGUAUUUUAAGAACAGAUGGUAACACAAUAGCAUCAAGUUCUAUUUUUGUAUACACUAGUCUCUAGUGCUGAUACACUAGUGUGUCACUACUAGAAGGUACAGAAGAAUUGUCAAUGCAAGCAUCAUUUUUUUUCUGCAUUUGCUAAUAAAAAUUUAUGUGUCAGGUGUGUCCUGAAGAGCUGAAGCCCAGCAAAGAUAAGGGAUUUUCCUCUUUAAACAGACUGACAUGCAAGGCUCUGUUAAAUCAGAAGAAAUGCUAAAAUCCACAUUGUUGUUCUUUUUCAGAAUUUAGAUGAUGUGCCUCGGCUACUGUGUAAUACUUAUUAAACGUUGCUUUAUUCAGUUUGCUGUAGAGCUAUUUAUGGUUUGUACUCGAUUCAUUUAAAUGCAAACGUAUUUAUUUAUUUAGAAAAUCAGCUUUUGUCACAUCAGUAUUAGGAUUUUAACUUUUUAUACGAAUAAGUGAUUUUGUUACGGCAGCCAUGACAGGUCAAUACUUAAAGCCAUACAACGACGGCCUCUUACUUUAUUUUAAAUCACUCUGUACUUCCAGUUACUGUUAUUUUUUUCCCUUCAAAACCAGCCACUCUGUUUUGUCUAUGUGUAGCAUGGCUGGGUGAUUAUGGAGCAGUGAAUUAGGACAAAGAGACAUAAAGACUGUUUGCUCUAUGAGUGAGAGUGGAGAUAAAUAAUGCAGAGAUAUGUGUGAUUUCUGUAUGAGAAAAAUAGCUUUAAUAUUGCAAAAGAAAAACUUUUGUUCAUGCAAGUUAAAUAAAGCUGAAAUGAAGUGCUG